GCCCCGCUCCCGCCAUUGGCGUUCGAGAGCCGCGGCCGCUGCCGGGACGGGCUGAGAGCGGCUCCAUCGAGCGGAUCGCCGCGGGAGCGGCUCCAUCAAUCACCGGGAGCGGCUCCAUCGAGCGGAGCGCCCCGGGAGCGGCUCCAUCAAUCACCGGGAGCGGCUCCAUUACCGGGAGCGGCUCCAUCACCGGGAGCGGCUCCAUCGAGCGGAGCGCCCCGGGAGCGGCUCGGAGCUCCUCCGCAGGACUCAGGGGCACCGCGGGGCUCGGGGUGUUUUCUCGUGUUUCAGCUCGUUGCCGUCGCUGUGACUCGGAAGGUUUGGGCGCGGAUCCCUUUUGCCGGAGCUGCAGGGACAGCUCCAGGUGUGUCCAGGCGAUGGAGCGGCUGGAGGAGGAGCUGAGCUGCGCCAUCUGCUGUGACACGUUCCGCGACCCGCGGCUGCUGCCGUGCUCUCACACCUUCUGCGCUCCGUGCCUGCAGCGGCUGCUGCGGCCCCCGCUGGGCUCCUGCCCCACCUGCCGCGCCCCCGUGGCCGUGCCCGCGCCCGGGCCCGAGGCGCUGCCGCUCAACCUGGCGCUCAAAGCCGUCAUCGAGAGGAUGCAGCAGGAGGAGCGAGAGGGAGCAGCAGCAGCAGGAGGAGGAGGAGGAGGAGUGGGGGCGUGCAGCGAGCACCCCCGGCAGCCGCGGAACAUUUUCUGCCUGCAGGAGCGGCGGCUCGUGUGCGGCCGCUGCGUCACCAUCGGCCGCCACCGCGGGCACCCCAUCGAUGAUCUGCGCAGCGCCUACGGCAGGGCCCGGGCGGCCUCGGCGCAGCUCCGGGAGCAGCUGUGGGAUCAAUCCCGCUGCUUCCAGGUGCUCUCCUGCUCCCAGAGGCUGCAGCAGCACAAGGCCCGCUGCCAGGGCGCCCUGCAGAGCCACAGGGAAGCUGUGCUGCAGCGUUUCAAGGAGCUUGGUGAUGCCUUGGAGCAGAAAAAAGCGGCUCUGCUGAGCGCGCUGGAUGAAGUCGAGAGGUGCCUUUCCGAGAAGUACGAUCCCCUCAUGGAGGAGGUGGAGAAGCUGAAGUUGGAGGAGAAGGAGUUAAAGGAGCUGCACGCAGCGCUGCAGGAGGAGGAGUCACCGCUGCUCUUCCUGGAGAAGCUGCAGGGGCUGCAGCAGCGGCUCCAGGCUCUCAGAGAGAAGCGGCUCCCGGAGCCCGAGCCCCUGGAGGUGCAGCCGAGCGUGGAGAAGGUGCUGCAGGACAUUUCCACAGCUGAGCUCGGGCAGCUGCACAAGGUCCCUGCUCCAAAGCUGCAGCUGGCUCAGCAAAGGCCUGCAGGGCACACAGCAGCAGCUGCACUCUGGGCUGCUCUCACCGAGCCCAGCGUUGUCCUGCUGGUCCUGACCUCGGUGGUGGUGGUGUGGCACGAGGAGAUCUCAUCUGCAGCCCUCCCAGCUCCUCUGGGGCAGCUCUGGAGAUUCCUGCUGCAGAUUUACCAGGAUUGCUGCACCUCCCUGCAGGACAAAGUGUAUGAGCUGUGCUACACCUCUGCCCUGCCCCUGCAGCUCUGCAGGAGAAUUUUUCCUGAUGACUUUGAUUAGAUUGGAAACCUAAUGCAGCAAUCCAGCAUUAUUUUCAUUUUCUACUUAAAAGCUGCAAAGACUCUACACUUGUUCUGUUUCUAUAUCCUUCCUUUUCUGUAUUGCAUGGAUUUCCUCUGAACUAAAGUUCUGAUCCACUUAAGGUGAAGAGAGAUUUGCCUUGAUCCACAGCUGUGGAAUUCAGCCUUUAAAACCCUCCUCGAAUUCUUUGCCAAAGAUCAGGUGCAUUGCUGAACUUCUGCUGGAACUCUUGGCAGUUUUGCAUUUUAGUAAAUUACACUGAUUCCUUCAA